AUGAGUUCAAAAAUUAAAAAUGGUAAAGCUAACAGUCAAGCUAGGGAAAUAAUUUGGAAUGUUUUUAAUUAUUUUAAAGAUAAAAAUGAAUACAUGGCUAACUGUAGGUUGUAUACGAUGACUGCAGAAGCUACUGGUUAUUCUACGAUGUCAGUUAAACGUAUUGUGUAUGAAGGUAAGAAAAACAUGGAUUUAACUGGAAAUUCUACAUUGGCUACAUUUACCACUCCUGAUAAAAAAAGGAAUAAUGUGACAAAAAUUAAAGCUUUAGUUGACGAUUUCGAUAGAUGUGCUUUAAAGCGAACCAUCACAGAUAUGUAUACGGUUGAUAAAAUUGUACCUACUGUUAAACUUAUUUUUGAAAAACAAAAACAAUUUAUGAAUUUGGGGAGUACUAGAACAUUAAACAGAAUAAUUUCGGAAAUGGGCUUCAAAUUUCGUAAAACUGAAACUAAUAGAAAAUUGUUGAUAGAAAAACAUAAUAUACGUUUGAAAAGAAUAGAAUACUUAAAAAAAAUACUUGAUUUUCGUAGACAAGGUAGAAAAAUAGUGUAUACUGACGAAAGUUAUGUAUUAUCAUCACAUGUUGCUAAUAAAUCAUGGAGUUCCGUCGAUGAUGACAAUACAGUGAAACAAAGUUUAAGUAAAGGAAAACGUUUAAUAAUUAUUCAUGCUGGAGGAGAAGAAGGUUUUGUUCCUAAUGCUUUACUAACAUGGGAAGCUCAAAGCUCUAGUGGUGAUUACCACGAUAAUAUGAAUAAAGAUAAUUAUUAUAAAUGGGUCACAGAAAAAUUACUACCAAAUUUAAGGAAAAAUUCUGUUGUGGUAUUGGAUAAUGCGACUUAUCAUUGUCAUCAAUCUAACCGUGCUCCAAGCUCAAAUAGCUUAAAAAAAGACAUGGUAAAUUGGUUGACUGAAAAUAAUAUAAGUUUUAAUUCAACUAUGUUUAAACCACAACUUUACGAUAUAAUACGUAAACACAAACAAGUGCUUGUUAAAUAUUCUUUAGAUGGUAUAUUAAGUAAAGAAGGCCAUGAUAUUAUUAGACUACCACCGUAUCAUCCGGAUUUAAAUCCCAUUGAAAUGAUUUGGUCACAAGUAAAACAGUACAUUGCAAAACAAAAUCAUAAUGGUAGCAUCAAAAAAAUCGCAGAACUGUGUAAACAAAAAAUGGAAUCUAUGGGUGAUUCUGAGUGGGGAGCAGUUUGUGCAAACGUGAAAAAAUUAGAAGAAGAAAUGUGGAAAAAUGAAAGUUUUAUGGACAUCGAAAUGGAUAAAUUAACAGUAACGUACGGAGAUGAUACAACUAACGAUAGUGAUACAAGUACUGAAGAUGAAGACGAUGAUUUGGGUGUAGCACCACUACAGCCAUAA